GUAACAACCACCAAAGGAACUUGGACGGCGCGUAUUUGUUAUGGAUCGCGGAGUUGGAAGUCUAUAAUUUUGAGAUUUUUUUUUUUUUUUUUUUUUUUUUUUUUUUUUUUUUGAGAUAUUUUGAGUCUUCAACCUUAAACCCAUGCCUGCUCCUGGGAGAAUGAGAAAGCCUGAUAUUAAAAUUGUAAUCUUGGGAGACAUGAAUGUAGGGAAAACGUCCCUGCUGCACAGGUACACAGAGAGAAGAUUUAAGGAAUCUUUAAGCACAAUCGGCGGAGCGUUCUUCUUGAAGCAGUGGGGCCCGUACAACAUCUCUAUCUGGGAUACAGCGGGUCGUGAACAGUUCCAUGGUCUAGGCUCCAUGUAUUGUCGUGGCGCUGAAGCCAUCAUUCUCACGUAUGAUGUCACAAACUGGCAGAGCUUUGUUGAGCUUGAACAUCGCUUCCUCUCUCUCACUGACUCAGCCAAUAGUGACAGCAUAUUCGCCAUUGUGGGCAACAAAGCAGACCUCACUGACCCUCAAGCCCGCAUUAUGACCCUAGAAGAAGUCAGGGCAGAAGAAGAUAGUGUCCCUCCCCUUCCAUCCUUUCCCACACCUCCAGACUUUCCCUUGCACAAACAGGUGAGUCAGGAUGAUGCCAUAGCACUGUAUAACCGCAUAAUUCACUAUAAGGCACUAGAGGGCACCAGUCCACCAGCAGAGAAGAUGUGCUUCGAGACAAGUGCUAAGACUGGAUUUAAUGUAGAUGUUAUGUUUGAGACACUCUUUGAUCUGGUGUUGCCAUCCAUCAUUCAAAAACGCUCCCAAAGUGAGUCACCAGUAUUGCAUUUGGAGGACUAUAAUGAAGAGGGGAUGAAGAGCAAACGGGCUUGUUGCACAUGAAAAUAUUUACUGAAGAGCAUCUGGAGUCUUGCAUGAAUAUCCAUUUAUUUAUGGACACUGUUAUGUCUCGUAUGCCAGUGCGUGUGUUUCUGUUUAUGUGUUUGAGAUAAUCUUGUUUUUAACAAAUAGAGCACAAAGAAUGUGAGCUUAAGUUACUCAGUGUUUUGGCCUUUAUGUUGCUCACUUGCUUCUGAACACUAUAAAUAGUUGACCUUUUUAAAAAUGUGUCAAAGAUAAGAAAAAUGCAUUAUUUAGAGCACCAAGCAUAUUUUUUGAUCUUUAAAAAAUAUUUUAUUUUAAAUUAAUUCACUGUGAUUACAUCAUAAAAAAUUGUGUUUAUAAAUCUUUAAUGACUCAUGACUUCAUGACAUUCAAUAAAGAAAUGAAUACAAUUUUUAACAAUUGAGUUUGAUUUA